CACCCCUCCUAAUUCCUCAAAUCGCGGCCAGGGACGAGGAAUGCGCGGCCGCGGCAGCAGAGAGCGCUCGCGGAGCGCGGCGAAGAGGACGGUAUCCACCCUUCCCGCCAGCGCCUCAAGCUUCCCCGGGGAGCCUUGUUUUUCUCCUCCUCCCUCGGCUCGUGGGCGGUCCCACCUAAAGCUUGGGAGCGGAAAAGCGAAGAGGAGCUUUUCGGGGGCCGAGCCUCAGUGCUUUUCAGGAUCGGCGGCUCGCAACCCGGAGAGCGGGACGCUUUCCAAGAAGCCGCGGCUCCUUAUUUUUCUCUCCUCCUCCUCCCCCUUUUUCCUCGGUCUGGUCGGCGCACGGCCGCCUUUCCUCGCUCGCCCGGCGGAGUCUCCCAAGCAGGGGCUCGAGCCUUCCUCGUCUCGGCGCUGGGCUGAAAGGGGCCCGCUCGACUUUUGAAAGCGGACUCUCGGCCGCCCCGUCCUCCUUCCUUUCCCGAGAGAGGAGCCUCGGACGGGGAUUUCCCCGCCGUCCUUGCCUUUGGAAACUUGGCCUCCGGGGGUGGCUGGCUGUGCCCGAGCGCACGCGCGCCCUUCUACCGCGUCGGUGGGGAGCCCCGCUUGGCCACCGAGGAGGAAGCUGUGGAGAGAAUUGGAAACCUGGGCCAGGGGGCCUCUGGCUUUGCUUGGAGCAGAAGCCUGCAGACUAACGAGACUCACCUCCACAGCUGGUGGAUUACUGGGGCCUGAAGGAGAGAAAAGAUGUGCCUCUGAAAUUUGGUGCGGCUUUGGAGAAUGGGUAGAAAUGCAGUGUGAUCCCAAGGUUGGAAGAUUGGAGGGAGAGUUUCUGCUAUCCAUAGGGAGUUCACCUCGCUUACCAGAAAAUCUGUUGGAACUAAGCAGGAAUAAUUCUCAUUUCUCUCACACUUCAAUAUAGAGAUUGCCAAACAUACUGAUACCAUCUCCACACAUUCCGAAAGAAAUAAGUUGACAUGGACAGAAGUGAAUUAAAACAUUGUCAUGUGACAUUAACAACACUGAAGAGUCAACACCAUUCAGUAAAAACCAUUCUUAGAAAAUAUUCCUGAAAAUUAAAAGAACUUUCAGCACAAUGGACUGGAAUGUCGGGACAAUCAAUAAGAUGCAAACUCAUGGAUCCUACAUGAUGCCCCAAGUUACUUCUGCUGCUUCUGUUACUUCCCAAACAAAUGUCUUAAUGCAGAAUUUUUGUAAUUCUGGAAACAGCCAAACCACAAAUAUCCGAUCAAAUGUGAAGUAUAUGUUGACAAAUAAACAACAAUGUCAAAAUAACAGGGCUUCUAAAACCUUAAGGCCAGUAUUUCCUAAAGUAGCAGUAUCUAAAACAAGUUUUGGACUAAACAAUAAUUUUUACAGUUUGUCGCCACCUUCACUUUCCACCGUGACAGUCCAAAUGGCAGCUGAUGUACAGAAUCCAAAUUCAUCAAGGAACAUGCAUAUCUCUUCCUCUGUACCAGUACAGGGAAGUACAGUUAAUUCUGUGCAAAAUAUGCAUCAAAAGACAAAUGCAUAUAUAGCUGUGGGCAGUUUCAGUAAUCAGACACUGCAAAAUUGUUCAAAUUCUAUGGGAACCGCAGUUUAUCAGCAAGAUCUCCUAAAUACUUCAUCUCCAAAAAGGGCCCUAACACAGAUGCCCUACUAUUACAUGAAUGGGCCUACCUCUCAAGUAGAUGCUAGAGUGUCCCUUAACUCUGCAUCAAAUUAUUAUUUACCUCCUCAGCAAAAUGUCCAAUAUCCUGAUUACUCUUCAGCAAAGAAGUGCCCAAAUUCAGCUAUUCCAGUAACAAUGCAAUCACAACCUUAUGCUUCUUAUCAAAUAAAUCCUCCACCAUAUCCAAUUUAUUCUCAUUAUGAUUACGGGAAUGCUGUCCAAGCUACUAACAUAUCUCUAUCAGACUCGAUAGUUCCCAGACAAGGGAACCAUGGACAAUUUGUUCUGCAACAACCAACUGCAAUUUUAUCUAAUGAAAAAGUUGAAAGUUAUCAUAAUUCUCUGAUUGAUCAAAAUAGCAAUUUAUAUUCUGUUCGGCCUGAUCAGAAAUCUCAAUCUCUGUCAUUCUGUACAGAAACAAAUGUGGUAGGCCCCACUGCCGAUAAUGUAAGUGGACUAAAAACAACAAUGCAGCUUUCUAAUGAAUCAGUAAAGUCAUGUGUUGAAGGUAAUUUUUCUAACAGUAUACCAACAAUUACAACAACUAAGGCUGCUGAACCUUUGCAACAAACAAAUAAAACUUUGCAAUUAGAAAAGAACGUAAGUAAUGAGAAUUUAUCCAAGCAUAAACUUAAAAUAACUAGAGAGAGUUUAUCACUAGAUGUUCAAGCCUUGUAUGAAAUGAGAAAUGCAUUAUUAAAACUUAAAGACAAUUUUAGUUUAAAACAAAAAUUAUAUUUAUCUUCUCUACAGAGUGGGCAGACCUCUAAUACAUCCAUAAACAAUCAAAAUCCUAAUAAUUUAUUUCCUCAUGAUACCAACCCAUCAGUAAAAUGUACUGUCCAGCAGGUUCUCUCAGAUAAAGUCACUCCAAGUCAGUUUUCAUCUAAUUCACACAAUUCUUCAGUUGUACCGCAGAAAACAAAGUAUCAUUUAUUGCCAAUUCUGUGGAAUAUGCUGAAAGGUACUGAUGAUGAAAAUAUGUUAUUUAGUGCUGAUGUUGAAAGUGGAGAUAAAUACCAAAAUAAGCAUUUUAUUGUUCAAGAGAAUUCAUGUACUGAUUCUAAUGGUGAUACAUUUAGAAAUCCUCUUAACACUGAUGGAACUACUAAAUUAAGCUAUAAAAACUCUCCUGUUCAUUCUAGUCAGGGAACAAACAUCAUUAAAUCUGCUCAUAAUCAAUUGGAGAAAAUAUCAGCUGUACCUAACGGUGACUUAUUUAAUUCUUCUGAACAGAAUAAAGAUUCAGAAAGGGGUGGUGUUCAGUAUUUAAAUGAUGGCAUUCAGAGUUUGAUUCAGAAUCCAGAUGUUUCUCAGGAAUCAUCCUCAAUGAAAAAACCAAUCAAAGAAGAACAUGGUAAUUCUACUCCUGCAUGUCACAUUCAGCAUAGUGAAACUACUUGCCUUCAGAAACCUACGAAUAGUGAAAAGAUAGCUGAUAUGUCUAGUUUUUCUAUCUCCAAAGGAGUUGAAGCUAUUACUGGGACUCAUGGUGUAGAAAGAACUUGUUCUUUGGAAGAACUGAAAACAAGCCUGGCUCUAUGGAGAAAAUGCCUCCCAAAAUCUUUAAAUGAACUAAUAAAUGGAAAUAAUGAACCUUCCAGUGAUGGGAUGGAUGGCAAGGGUACUGCAAAAACUUUGGAAAACAUCCCUAAUAUAUUGACUCAAAAUUACGACACUAAAAUUACAGUCGAAAGGACUCAGAUUUAUGGUUCUUUUGAAAAAAACCUUGAUGGAGUAAAUUCCAAUUUGCCAAAAGGCUCUGAACUUCAAGUAGCUGUAGUUACUCCACGGAUAUUAUCAAAAAAUAAUGAUGUACAGAAAAAUAAUGAAAGCAUUUAUCCAGCUACCGAUAUUGAAGAAGGCACUGUCCAUACUUUAGAAAAAGCUAUAUCUACAAAAUCAGAUAGUAACAAGGAAAAAAGAACUAUUUACUCACCUACACAUUCCUAUAAAUAUUGUGAUUUAAAUGAGCACCAGGGAACAAACAAACCCACAGGAAAUAAUAAAAUAGUGAAAGAAGUUGGAACAAAUCACUCUUUUGAUUUAAAGCAAGAGAAAACAAAUUCCUCACUACUUGAAUUAAAGCAAUAUGCCCUCAAUUCAGGAGACCAACAUCAAUGUGAACUGAUCACUAAUCAUUUAAUUGCAUCUCCUCUAACAUGUGUAACAUCAAAAAAACAUGGCCCAAAUUUGGAUGAAUCCAACAAUACUGCUGACAUUGGGUUGAAAGACAGUAUGUUGCAAAUAGCUAGUGUAUGUACUCUUGUACAGGGUGAUGCAUUUUAUAAUUCACAAAUAGCAGACAUCUUUAGCGCUAGCCUUUCGAAACCUGAUAUAAAGUUUGAAAUUUCAGAAGAACACAUGCCUUCUCUACAACACAAUGAGGACAAAUCUGGCCUUUUGAAAAAUGAUCCUGAAGUUGGAAUGAGUCUUUCAGAGGAAGAUGGCAUAUUGCUACCAUCAGGAAGUUUUUCCAAAGCUUUAUCAGGAAAUCUUGAAGACUUGCAAACAUUAGAAAGCCCUCAGUAUGACAAAACCUCAGUGGAAACAAAUGCAAGCAACUCUGAGAAACAAAAGGACAACGACUUUUUAGAAGUUGCUUCACUUUCAGGGAAAAAAAAUGAGCAAGAUAUAUCUUAUGGUUGCAAUAUGGAUUUGUCCAACAAUGAGGUGUUUGAAAAUCAGGACAGUCUGUGUGAGACAAACAACAUGUCCAGUAUUAGAAAAGCAGGUGACUCAGAGCAUACCCUGGAUAAAGGCAAGGAAGCCCACUUGGGAAGCAGCACUGAAUCCUCUGUAACGUUUUUGAACAAUCAGCUAACUGAGCUUUCAAAAGAAUUUCCUUACGGAAUUGGUUAUUUGAAUAUGAUAAAGGAAAUAGAAAACAAAGAUUCUAUAACUAUUCUAACAGAAAGAAAAGAUAAAGAAAACACUAUAAGGCAUGAGAAAAGUCUUGAUCCUAGUGAUGCAGUAGACCAAAUUAAAAUAGUAAUCCUAAAUUCUCAACAGAUGAGUGAAGUGUUUCCUGAAUGCAGUCAACAAUCCUCUAACAAGCUAGUUAACCAUGGAGGUGACCAGAUGAGAAUGGAUUCAAAACAUAAUUUCAGUAAAGAUAUCGGACACUACAGGAAGUCUAACCAGGACUUAAAUGUUGAUAGCAAAACUGUCAGGUCUGAAAGACUUGCUAAAACAGAACGAACAUACUGCUGCUUGCCAGGAUGGUUAGCUUCAAAAUAUAAUGUGGAGCCUUGUUCAUGCAUGCUAGCUAAAGAACCUGGUUUGAAGGGAAAAACUGAUUCACAGUCUAAAGAGAGAUCAAAAUCCAAUGAGUCUGAUUGUAGCCUUAAAAAUGAAGUACAGAAUUCCAUAUUGGAUACAGGCAAUAAUAUCUUUCUUUUGGGAGAUCAGAGUAACAAAGCUUUAACUAAGACUUUUGGAUAUAAAGAAACUGAACCUCAGAUAAAGGAAGAUAAACUACCCAAAUUAGAGCAAACAACUACUCCAUGUUAUUUAUUGGAAAAAUCAAAUUCACAAGAACCUAAAAAACGGGGUAAAAAACUGUCUCAUUCUAUGGAUUCCCAGUCUCUACAGAGAGAAAGAGGUGGAACUAAUAACAUGCACAACAAGAAAAAUAGUAGAAGGAAUAUCUCAAAAAGUGAAGCACAGUAUCAUUUAAAUACAGACUUCAAAAAGAUAAUUAUCAAAAAAUUUGCCAAAAAGAAAUUGGAGAAAAAGUCUUUUAAUAAAACUCUGAAAUCAAAAACAGAUAUUGAUCGCCACAGAGGAAUAGAAACUAAGCUUAGUGCCAAUUUUGAAAAAUACAAAAUUAAACGAGAUACUAGUGAAACACACAUGAUUAAAGGACCAGUUUCAAGCAGGAGUCUAAAGAGAAAAAUGAAAGAGAAAAAGCUUAAAGCAUUGGAAACUCAGCCUAGUGAGGUCAUGCCCUCUUCAACAUUAAACAGUGUUAGCUUUGCUUCUGAAAAACAUGAAAAUGUUGAGCAUAACUCUACCUUGGGCUCGCAAGAACAUUUAAAUAAAACAAAAUUGAAAGAUUUGGAGAAACAAUAUGGAUACAAAAAAGUACAAUAUAAUGAACCCAUUUGUCCUAAGCAGCCUGUUGAAAAAAAUAUCACACAGCUUGUUAAAAGAAUAAAUCUAGAGCGAUAUGCAUACAGAAAAGAUAAGACAAAUGCACGGAAAUGUCAAAGCUCACAUUUCAAUAAUAGAAUUCCUGCAUCCCAGAAUGAAGGAGAUAAUCCUUCCAAUGUAUUUGAAGUCCACUCCCCAGUCAAAGAAAGCACAUUGGAUAGUAGUAACUCAGACAAGUGGUCUGUAAAAUCACUUUCUGAUAAAAAAUGUUUUAAAAGAAAAAAUAAACACACUGUUUUUCUGCAAAAGGAACAAAAGAAAAACUAUUUGAACAGAGUUGCAUUUAAACGGACUGCCCAGAAGACUAUUCGUUUGACAAGCCUGGAUUCUGUACAUUCCAAAUCUCUUUGGCAGGUGAAAUCAAGUAAUGGAACUGAGGGUUCUAAACCCCACCAAAAAGGCAGCUCUUCAUCUCAUAUGUCUGAAGUAGAAAGGCCACAAAUGCUUGAAUUCAAAAUGUGUCCAGAAAUAUUAUUUAGGAAGUCCACCUCUGAAGAACAAACUUUAGACUCAAAGCUUCCUGAAAAAAACAGGAUAUCUGUUACAGCAGUCAAAAGUAAAAGAGAAGAUUGGUUAAAUUACUGUCCUGUGAAAAGAAGAAAAAUGGAAGAAAAUGAAAGUCAAGUUAAUAAUGACAUUCCACUUGACACUGCAAUAAAAAUACUGGAAGGAAAUGAAGUAUUCCAAGGGUCCACGAAGGAUUCCAAAGCCACCUUUGACACCUACCGGAAAAUGCAUCUAGAAAAAAGAAGCCAAAGCCUGGAUAGCGGUCCCAUAAGCUAGGAGCUUUCUUUUGUAAACAACACAUUUUGGACUUCAUGCGCUUAUAUUCAUGUCCUGAUGGCUCAAACUGGUAAUAAGGUGUGUCUUUCAUCUAUGUGACCUUCCAUAAUUUAUUUCAUGCCUACUGGUAUCUUGCGUAUGUAAUGAUGCUUACUUAAGUACGUAGGUAUGCUAAUUGUUGAAUUCUGGAAUGUGUUAUAAUUUCAACUUGUUGGAGAUUUUGUUAGGUACAGUUAAGUUCAAUACCUGGCCUGAGGUUCAGAAAUGAUGGCAAUAUCAGUUCAAAACUAGGCAAAUUGCUGGCAUUUUUAUGUAGACAUUUUAAAGCAGGGGUCUUCAAACUUGGCGAGUUUAAGACUUGUGGACUUCAACUCCCAGAAUUCCUCUAGUCAUGUUAGCUCAGGAAUUCUGGGAAUUGAAGUCCACAAGUCUUAAACUUGCCAAGUUUCAAGACCCUUGUUUUAAAAGAAUGGAGCUGUAGUUUAUUAACUGUUGUGGAAAUAAUUAAUACAUUAAUAAAAAAUAGUAAUCAGCCUUAGUAGGUUUAUCAAGGAGCAUUGGAUUUUAUUAGCUGCUAUUCUGUUUUGUUGGGACAUGAGAACCAUACCAGAGUAUCAAUUUUUGCUUUACUGUACUGUAAUCCAUUUACAUACUGGGUAUUUGGAAGAAGAGGAUUCCAGGUAAAAGCAAAAGGGCUAUUUUUCAAAUGGUUGCUAUGAUUUAAAUGAAAAUAUAUUUAAUUUUUUUCAUUCAGAACCCCUUUAACAAGCAUUUCAUUUGGACUCUUCCAAUUAUUUUUACAAGACAAAUCCCUCAGUAAGCUAUAUUAGCUAAAUGUAACAACAAUUUGUGCCUAGAAACUAUUGUGUUAUUGAAUGUUGUGCCUUUUAUUGUUUGGCACUUUUGUUACUUUGUUUAUUUUGACAGCUAUAUGUAUUUUGAGUAAACGUUUAGUCACUUUCAAAUGGUAUUAUUUGUUUACAGAAUUAAAAACAUUUAUUUUUUACCAUAA